AUGAACUGUGACUCCCACCGCACGCCACUGAGUGCACAUGCCGCCCUGCUCUGUCUCACUUUCACCGUGCUGAGUCUGAACUGUGACAUGCUCUCCUCUCCCCUCACCUCUCCUCUCCCCUCACCUCUUUCCACACCUCUCCUGCCCUCUGUCACCCAACUGCAGCACAAACACUCGAUCACAGUCCGACACAGUCUAUACGAGUGGUGGGACUACUUAAAGUAUCUUAAGGAUACCACAGUCGGACGGACAGGCGGCAGGACGGAGGCGCAGACGGCGGCUGCGAUUGGCGGCUCGGCGGCAGGCUGGUGGAAGAUGUCGUCGGGCGCCGGUGGGCGGGGCGGGCGGGCUGGGCGCGCGGCAGGGUCAACGGGCGAGGUGGUGGAGGGACCCGUGGGCAUCCCCUUCCCCGAGCACAGCGCCGACCUACUGGAGGGCCUGAACCGCCAGCGGUUGAGCGGCCUGCUGUGUGACGUGCUCUUGGUGACGCAGGAGCGAGAGUUCCCUGCCCACCGCUCCGUGCUGGCCUCCUGCAGCAGCUACUUCCACAAGCUGUUCACCUCGGGCCUGGCGGCCGACCGCCAGAGCGUGUACGCGCUGGACUUCGUGCGGGCCGAGGCGCUGGCCGCGCUGCUGGACUUCGCCUACACGGCCACGCUGACGGUCAGCCGCAGCAGCGUGGGCGAUAUCCUCAGCGCUGCGCGCCUGCUCGAGAUUUCACCCGUCCAGGACGUCUGUACGGAGCUGCUGGACACCAAAGUGCUCUCCCCGCCGGUGAGCAGUGAGCAAGGUGAGGAUGAGCUGGAGGAUGACGAGGCGCACAGGAGGAGCGGAGGGGAGCGCGCCCGCCGGCUGCGUGCCCGCGAGUACUUGGAGUUCUUCCAGCGGGGGGCGCACUGGAGCAGCAGCUGCAGUACGCCAGAGCUCAGGGACCCGCCCGCACACCUGCACUUUAGCCAGCGCAACGGCGCCGAUAGCAACGGCAGGGCCCCCGGCCCGGCCACCUACUUCUCCCCGCUGGCCCACGUCCUGACCCAGCCACUGCCGCCUGAGCCCGACGACGACGACGAUGACCCCGACGACGAGAAGGUGCGGCGGGACAGGCCGCCGGGUGCCGCUGCCGCCGAGGAGGCGCUGGCAUGGGCGCGUGGCAACGGCGCCGAAGUCCUCUCGCGCUUUUACGGCCCGGGGGAGAACGGACACUUCUACCUCCACCAGCCGGAGCGGGAGGCGGAGCGGGAGGCGGGGCGGGAGGCGGGGCUGGAGGCGGAGGAACAGCGCGGGCCUGCCAGUGCCCUGCUGCAACAGAUGAUGGACUCCAUAGAGAAGCAGAAGCCGCCCGGGAAGGAAGACGAGGGCCCCGACGCCGAGGAGCCUGACGUGGAGUUUUACUUGAAGUACUUUAACAGUGCCCAGCACGAGGAGGUGGCCAGCGCGGCCGUCACGCAGGGACUGCUGCCCCUUUGGCCUGUGCGAGGCAGUGGCGGUGGGGCACACCAAGGCGCUGGGGGUGUGGCUGGCGGCGGAGAGAGGAAGAUGCGCUCCAAGGCCUUCCAGAAGUGCCCCAUCUGCUCCAAGGUCAUUCAAGGCGCAGGCAAACUUCCGCGCCACAUCCGCACACACACGGGAGAAAAGCCCUACGAGUGUGCCAUCUGCAAAGUACGCUUCACCAGACAGGACAAGCUGAAGGUUCACAUGCGUAAGCACACAGGAGAGAAGCCGUACCUGUGCACGCAGUGUGGUGCCGCCUUCGCCCACAACUACGAUCUGAAGAACCACAUGCGCGUGCACACGGGUCUGCGGCCCUACCAGUGCUCCAGCUGCUUCAAGACCUUCGUACGCUCGGAUCACCUGCACCGCCACCUGAAGAAGGACGGCUGUAACGGCAUCCCAUCCCGCCGUGGCCGCAAGCCCCGCGUGCGCGAGCCUGACCUGCUGGAGCCGCCCCUGGAACUGGCCGGUCCGGGGCCGCGCUUGGUCCGGGGUCGGCGGCGCGGCGACCCUGACGGCGGGGAACCGGCGACGGAAGACGCUCCCGGGAGCCCACCGCACAGCCCCGACGGCCACGGUCGGGGAGACGGAGGCGUGAGGCAGAGGGACUCAGCCACGCCAUGA